AUGUCACAAAUUGAUACGAAGAUCAACAACCUAGGAAUGACUGCUAAUGAAGAGGAGGAUGAGGGAGACCUACCUGCCCUAAAAAUCUGGCGUAAGAUCAUUGGUGCCGCGAAUUGUCGCGACAGCCAAUGAGAAUGGGGUCAACACAGACCGCGACAAAUUUCGGGUCUGUUUGGCAUCCACAGUUCGCCCUGCAGACCCAGGCGCCAGACACAGUUGGCAUGCAACCCAAGUGCUUUAUCGUGAAAGCUACGCAGAGGUCUGUUCACACGCUUACAACGGACAGUUGAAAUCACUACUUGAGACGUCCCAACACUCCUACAACACGUUUUUGACAGUCACUCCACUGGUUAUGCUUUUCUGAAAGCGCAUUUCCAUUGCUAUUGAAGUAGUUGGUGCUUAAUACGGUGAGGCAUCAUCACAAGUUUUCAAGUGGAGAACCGAUGGUGUCAACUGCGGGACACAGUCCAGUCGACGGCGCUCGCCGUCCUCGGUCGCGCUCCCCGCCAACACCAGGACUGGUUCGACGACAACGACGCCGCCAUCAGAAAUCUGCUUGCUGAGAAGAACCGCCUACACAAAGCCUAUGUCGAUCACCCCACUGACGACAACAAAGCUGCUUUCUACCGCAGUCGCCGCCACCUCCAGCAACGACUGCGCGAGAUGCAGGACGCCUGGACUGCUCGCAAAGCUGAGGAGAUCCAAGGGUACGCGGACCGCAACGAGUGGAAGGACUUCUUCUCCGCGGUUAAAGCUGUCUACGGUCCGCCGACGAAGGGCACUGCUCCUCUCCUCAGUGCCGACGGCAACACUCUCCUGACUGAGAAGACACAAGUCCUACAGCGAUGGGCCGAGCACUUCCGAGGCGUCCUCAACCGCUCCCCCCACCAUCUCCGACGCCGCCAUGGCCCGUUUGCUGCAAGUGGAGACCGACGUGGACAUCGACCUCCCACCCUCUCUCCAGGAAACCGUGAGGGCCGUGCAGCAGCUCUCCUACGGGGAAGCGUCCGGAUAGGACGCGAUCCCUGCUGA